CAGACUUCAUUUCCCAUGCGGCGCGGCGGCGGGGCAGGCGAUGUCCGCCAUCUUACCGCUCCCUCCUCCCCCGGUGCGGCCGGAUUGAAUGCUGCUGCCCGCGAGCUGAGCGCCAUGUCAGGCACCCCGAUCCGCGGCACCCCCGGCGGGACCCCGCUGUCACCGACCCGCAUCUCCCGCCUGCAGGAGAAGGAGGAACUGCGGCAGCUCAAUGACCGCCUGGCCGUGUACAUCGACCGCGUGCGGGCGCUGGAGCUGGAGAACGACCGGCUGCUGGUGAAGAUCUCCGAGAAGGAGGAGGUCACCACCCGCGAGGUCAGUGGCAUCAAGAAUCUCUAUGAGUCUGAGCUGGCUGAUGCUCGAAGAGUUCUGGAUGAAACAGCCAAAGAGAGGGCGAGGUUACAGAUCGAAAUAGGAAAACUGAGGGCUGAACUUGAGGAGUUCAAUAAAAGCUACAAAAAGAAAGAUGCAGAUUUGUCUGUUGCUCAAGGUCGCAUUAAGGAUCUUGAAGUACUCUUCCAUAGAAGUGAGGCAGAGCUCAAUACUGUUCUGAAUGAGAAACGGAGUCUGGAGGAAGAGGUGGCUGAUCUGCGUGCCCAACUUGCUAAGGCUGAAGAUGGUCAUGCAGUGGCUAAGAAGCAGUUGGAGAAGGAGACCCUUAUGCGUGUGGACCUGGAGAAUCGGUGCCAGAGCUUGCAGGAGGAUCUGGAUUUCAGGAAGAAUGUGUUUGAGGAGGAGAUAAGAGAGACAAGAAAACGACAUGAGCAUCGUCUGGUUGAAGUGGACACUAGUCGCCAGCAGGAGUAUGAGAAUAAAAUGGCUCAGGCCCUGGAGGAUCUGCGAAAUCAGCAUGAUGAGCAAGUCAAGCUGUACAAACUGGAGCUAGAGCAGACCUAUCAGGCUAAGUUGGAGAAUGCCAUCCUGGCCUCUGACCAAAAUGACAAAGCUGCUGGUGCAGCUCGGGAGGAAUUGAAGGAGGCUCGCGUGAGAAUAGAAUCUCUCAGCUACCAACUUUCUGGCCUUCAGAAGCAGGCUAGUGCAGCAGAAGAUCGCAUUCGUGAGUUGGAGGAAACGAUGGCUGGUGAACGGGAUAAAUUUAGGAAGAUGCUUGAUGCCAAGGAGAGGGAGAUGACAGAAAUGAGGGACCAGAUGCAGCUGCAGCUUACAGAAUACCAGGAACUGCUUGAUGUGAAAUUAGCACUAGAUAUGGAAAUCAGUGCUUACCGGAAGCUGCUGGAAGGAGAGGAGGAGAGGUUGAAGCUCUCUCCGAGCCCCUCGUCCCGUGUCACUGUCUCUCGGGCUACCUCCAGCAGCAGCAGUAGCAGUAGUUCACUUGUCCGCUCUUCCCGAGGCAAGAGACGACGGAUUGAAGCAGAGGAGCUCUCAGGCAGUGGAACGAGUGGAAUUGGCACUGGAAGUAUCAGUGGCAGCAGUAGCAGCAGUAGCUUCCAAAUGUCCCAGCAAGCUUCAGCUACAGGAAGUAUCAGCAUUGAGGAGAUAGACCUGGAGGGCAAAUACGUUCAACUGAAGAACAACUCGGAGACGGAUCAGUCUUUGGGUAACUGGAGGCUGAAAAGACAAAUUGGAGAUGGAGAAGAAAUUGCUUACAAAUUUACUCCGAAGUAUGUCCUCAGGGCUGGGCAGACUGUAACAAUCUGGGGUGCAGAUGCAGGUGUAUCUCACAGCCCCCCUUCUGUUCUCGUGUGGAAGAAUCAAGGCAGCUGGGGCACUGGAGGAAAUAUCCGCACAUACCUCGUGAACUCUGAUGGAGAGGAGGUUGCAGUGAGGACUGUUACUAAAUCAGUCGUUGUGCGGGAGAACGAAGAGGAAGAGGAUGAAGCCGACUUUGGAGAGGAGGAUCUUUUCAACCAACAGGGUGAUCCCAGAACAACUUCUCGAGGAUGCUCAGUGAUGUGAAGAGUGGAGAAAAAAAAAAAAGAAACUUAUUACUUGCUACUUUUUUCCAUUUAUUUCCUUUUAUUUUUGCUAUUUUUUUUUUCCUCCAGAGCCACUGAAAACUAUUUUUAUACGUAUCAUCUGAUUUCUUUGAUGGUUGCUCCUUGGUACAUUUUUAUAUAAAAAAAAUCUAAAAAAAAAAAAAAACCUUUACUGAACAAAACUGCCAGAAUUUUUAAUAGAUUUCUUAAUUUUUCUCUCUUUGUUGAAACACUGUAUUGGAAUAAUUUUUUUCCCUAUACAGAGUUUAAAGUCUUAUGCACAAACCAACAGCAGAAAUUCUUAGCUACAGUGGGAUGAGACUCCUUGAGUGUAUGGUAAACCUGCACUUUGUGCGUAUAUAAGCAGGAUAACUUAAACACAGCUAAGUUUAGGAAGGGAUGUUCACCUGCAGGGCCUUGGGAGAGAUUGGUGAUCAUGUUUCUUUAUCCUUUAAGAAAUGACAGGAUCUUGUGGGUGCCCAGCUCAGAUAAACUACCCCCAGAUUCAUUAGAAGUGCUUCUCCACCAGUGGAAGUAAUAAAGGGUAGCUGCCUUUUAGCCGGCUCUUGGCUCAGGACUGUGGAUUUCUGUCCUACUCCAGGACUGACAGCCUGAUGAUACGAUCAUCUGAAUCCUGUCAGUGCUGUGGCUCCGUGUCAUUUCAGAAGACGGAGAGCGAUGGCUUCUGCUGUCUGAAAACAUAUGGGAGUGUCAAAAACAAACUUCCAAUCAUUAUGUUAUCAAAGGAUUUUGACAUUGUAACAAAUGAGAUCUUGUUAAAUUGUGAAUGCAAGUUGUGAUGUAUAGUAUUUAUGAUGUUAAGCAUCAUGAUUUAAUGAUUCUGACAUAUUCAGCAUUGAACAGAAUGACUAAGAUUUUAAUGUUGAAAAUAUUUUUACUUCUGGCAUUGAUGAAUUUUUGGGGUUCUAAGGAUUAUCCUGCGUAAAUGUUGAUUUUUGUUUCGUUUUGUUUCAUCAGACCUAGAUGCAGCUUGUCCAUACCCAUGUCUUGGGUUCAGAGGGGCAUUGUCAGAACACGUUGAGCAGCAUCUGCAGAGUAGUACAGAAACAGCUGAGUGACGUUUUUGAGAGUUACAAGGAACUGCUGUUGAUGUGGACAGAAGCAUUGCUUUGCAGUGUUCAGAUCCUCAGAGUAACAGAGAGUCAUCCUUGUUUCUAUAAGGAAUGGUUUGUAUCUGACAGUGUCCCUUUGGCUUAAGGUUACUUCUGCUGCACUUCUGUGGAGGUAGCUGUGACUCUCCUAAGGUCAGCAUUCAGAUGGCAGCACAUCUUCAAGCACUAGGAGGAAUACUUGACUGCUGCAAAGAAUGCAUUGAUGCAUUGGCUACUGUCAAGCAAAUAGUUCUUCCACUAGCUUUUAGUUUGGAUGCUGUUUGAUAACAGCACAGAAUGCUGUUGUUACCUGCACUCUUGAGCUCUGACCCUGUCAUUCAAGUAGUUGAGACUCAUCAAACAAGCAGCGAGGUUUGGAUGUUUUCGGUGGCUUUUGGACAUUGUGUUCUCUGAACAAUAUUAUGACUGACAGAUGUAACCUAGGAGGUCAUUUUAGUGGCUUUGACUGAUGGCUAUGCAGUGCAAGCAGGGUGGGAACAGAAGUGAGAUUUCUAAGCUUAGGUGUGUAUUUUUUGCCAUCUAAAACUAAAUUGAAGAUGCUACUUUUCUCUUUGGGUGGGAUGAUUUAAUGACUGAAGUUAAUGUGCAUAACUCUGAUGUUUGUACGAGUUGAGCAGGCGGCGCGUUACAAACAGCAGGUGGAAGAUUUGGCUGUUUGGGCUGACGGGGUCACUCCAGGAGCAUCGUUGGCCAUUUUUCAAGUGUAAUUUUCCCACUCUGCUUGGGUAGAAGGUGAAAUAUGUAGUAAAUCAUGUCUCUCUCUGUAAAGUGUAUCUAAUGAAAUUAUGUUUCUCAGACAUACUGUUAAUUGCCUUUUCUAAAUUCGUUGUUAUACAAAUGGAUGCAAUCAGCGUAGAAGUAUUUUCAAUGCACCUUCCAACCACUGGGCAGCAUUUCCCUCUGACCCACAGCUUCUAUACCACACUCACACAAUGUUUGAGAGCUUUUUGCAGUUCUUCCCUGUAUUUAUUUCUGUUUCACAUUGGCCAGUUCUCCAUCUGCUUAUUGUCCUUGAGGAUUUUCCUGUAAAUAUGGUUGCUCUGUGAUCUUAUACUGAAGAAAUGAAUGUGCUUUGUAUUUUUUUCCUUGUGAUUUUUAUGUUUUUUCCUGUGAAGGAUGGGCUGAAAGGCAGCUUGACUGAGGGGAGCCUCUUGCUACCUGAGCCACUGAUUUCUGAACAGCUACUGUAUGGGAGACGUGUCACCUCUCAGCCUUAUGGAGCGGUGUUUUAUCUUACACCCCUCAGUGACAGCGUGCAGAAUUUCUCCUUGGAUUUGGAGCUGUUUCCUGUAAGUCUGGAAACACUUUCUUUUCUUGUUUCACAUGUAGAGGUGCUCACAGGAAGCAGUGAUGUGGGAGAAGCUGAAUUCGGCAGGGCUGAGUGCUGCUGAUUCAUAGUGCUUUCUAAAAGGAGAGUAAUUCCUCACUGUGAACUACAGGGCACACACAAACUACUGUAUUCCACUUGUUUUCUUUGUGUGUCUGUUUUCUUCAGGCAAAGUUCCUUCCUUUUAUUGCUGAGUUUCGGCAUAACUUUAAGUUGGUGCUCUGCACUGGGAGGUUUCUUUUUGCUUUCCUGAACCAAAAAGCAUCGCUGCUGCUUUUUCCUCUUUAUCAAGGAUUUUCAAUUAAUUUUCAGGAUAAUUGGAAUGUUCUGUUCACAUAAAAUCCAGUGUCUCCUUUCUGAGCAGGUGAACCAGCUCUCAGGGUUUGGAGGAUAGUCAGGAAAAUAGUUCAGCUGAUCUUUUAACAGUGUCGAUGGGCACCAUGGGGCUCUGCGGUGCCUCUGGCCUUUAUGCUUUCCCCACACUUCUGUCUUUGUUGCUUCAUUAUUGUUACAGUGAUUUGCUCCAAGCAAUGGAGCAGCUGUGGUUCCUUUGCUGCUGCACACCUUUAGCUCACGGUCUGUGUGCAUGGGCUGCUUCAGGCCCUGACAACCAGCAGCUGAUACACUCACCCUCAGCACCCUUCUGCCCUUAGAUAGGUGCUCGCUGCCACUGCUUGUGUUUGGAGCAGGAAUCAAUAGUCUCAGGAAGAAAACAAACAUCUGCUUCCCAUGGGCUGUAAUGGGAAAGCCAGACCAGCUGGUCUGCAGCUCUCGUUUGUCACCGAAGCCGUAUUGCAGCGUGAAGCAGAACAUACUGUGAAAGGAGAUUCCCUUCAUGAGCACGUUUAUCCUCGAGCAACAGGACACCUCAUGUUCAGUUCAGGGAUUGCAGUGUUUUUUAUGCACCCUUUUUCUUUGUAAUCCUGUGUGAAUCCCUUUAGCUGCAGCCUGAGCAGGGGGUGCUUGAAGAGGCACCUAGAAAUCCUCUCUGCCCCCCAGAACGUGUGAGAACCUUUUUCUUUUGUGCACUAAGAAGAUCCAAUGCUGUGUGCCAACACUGUGUGUUGUGAGCACUCGAGGCACUUCUCUCCCUUCCUUAAGCCAUUCAUUCUCUAUUUUCUUUUUACAAUCUCUGUGAAUCCGUGUUCCAUUCUGGAUUUCAUUGCCACUGUUGGGUCCAAACCACGAGCCCUGUGCACGCAGGGGGUGGAGCUUUGUUGUAACCCAGUGAGUGGAAGGUGGGACCGUGAUUGCAUUAUUGGAUUCCUGUUGGAGCUGACAAAUGGGAGGUGGCCGUUUGUCCAAUGUCUGACAUGGCCUGGGAAACAGAAUUUUGAAUUGCCCUUCAAUGUGCUUAGCUUUAAACCACUUUAAAUAAUUUAAGUGUUUGUUUUUUUUAUACAAAUCAUAUUUACAUGCAAUUAUCAUUUGUAAGCGUAAUGCCUUCCUUGAAAUGCUAACGGCUACAGCGUGAAUGGGGCAAAUGGCUCCAUUCAGAACCACACGAGCAGCAGGUGACGCUCAGUAACUGGACGCUCAGUGCAGGGGGUGGCGGAUGGACCCACGUUUCCCUGUUUAUUGUUAUCAAAGCGAUGAUCCUUUGUAAGGUAAAUGCUGCUGUGCAUCAGCUGCCCACGUUCAUCACACUAAAACCAUGAGCAAUAACCCAUCUCAAAGCAAGGUCAGGCCACAAUGCUGUACAGCUGGGCGGGCUGUUCAACCCUGUUCAUAACAAUGACGGUGAUGCCUCGUGAUCCAGUUGUGGGUUUGGUUCUGCAUCCCCACGCAGUUCAAAACGCUCAUUCUAUUUAAUGGCAGGAAUAGUGAUGCAGUGUGUGAAUAUGAUGGGAGCGUUCCAUGCAGCUCAUGGUGCUGCAUCGUGCUCUGGGCGUUACCAUUUCACAUCGUUGUGGGAUUAUUUUCUUUCUUUCUCUUUAGGAUAUGCAUGCCAAACGUCGUGUCUUUUACAAUGAUUUGUAAUAUACAUUUUAAGACUGGAAACUUUUUGUACAACACACUCAAAUAAAUGUUUUGCAUUUUA